AUGAGGACAUUCGAUGGGCGUGCUUAUACAUUCCAAGGCACAUGCUGGUAUCAUCUAUUUAGGUACUACACCGACAUUCCUUGUUUUGAAGUCACAACUAUGUUUGAAUCAAGAGAAGAUAGUACACCGGACCAAGUUAGAACAAGAAUUACCGCAUUCAACGUAACAGUUGGAAAUCAAUACGCGAUCGUUAAUGGACUGGAUGUUACUACAGGAAGUACCGGUGGACAGAUGACUGACGCAAAAGUUAUAACAAUCCAGGAAGACGAUAAACAUAUAAAACUUCACUUCAUUUCGAAGGACACAACAUUCCCUUUUAAUUGGACUCUGAGAAAGCAUGUAUUAGAUGUAUCCUACAAUGGCUCUUUUUACAAGGGGAAGCUAUGCGGUCUGAUGGGUAAUGCAGAUGGUGAUACUCGCAAUGACUUCCAGAAACCAGACAGUAACAUUGCCAAACAGGUUCUUGAAUUUGGAGAAACUGGAAACUGCAUGACAAACA